UUGACGGAGUUGGCAAGAGAAGGCAAGCUCGACCCAACUAUUGGCCGCGACGAAGAGAUUCGGAGAACAAUUCAAAGUAAGUCAUAAUGUACCCGCACACUCUCAAGCCUUUCAUCUCGCAUACAGUCUUGUCGAGACGGACCAAGUCGAACCCAGUCCUUAUCGGCCCGCCUGGUGUUGGUAAAACAGCCAUUCUCGAAGGCCUUGCUAGCCGUAUCGUGGCCAGGGAGGUGCCCGAGUCCCUGCAAAACAAGCGGGUGCUCUCUAUCGAUUUGUCCGCCAUCAUGGCUGGAUCUGGGAUCCGUGGCCAGUUCGAGGAGAAGUUCAAGGCUCUCAUCAAGGAUAUCGAAGAUGAGGCAGGGAACGUUAUCUGCUUCAUUGACGAAGUCCACACAUUGUUCAACCUCGGCAAAGCUGAAGGGAGCAUCGACGCUGGGCAGAUGAUCAAGCCCGCCCUUGCCAGGGGUCUGCAACUUGUCGGCGCAACAACUCCGGACGAGUACCGCAAGACCAUCGGUAAGGAUGCUGCUCUGGAGCGGCGUUUCCAGCCUGUCCAGAUCGAAGAGCCGACAGUGGAAGCCACUAUCUCCAUUCUGCGUGGGUUAAAGCCGAAGUAUGAGGUGCACCAUGGUGUCGGUAUCUCCGACGGCGCACUCGUCACUGCGGCUGUGUAUGGCUCACGCUACAUCUCCGACCGCUUCCUCCCGGACAAAGCCAUCGACCUCGUCGACGAAGCCGCCUCCGCCCUGCGGCUCGCGCAAGAGUCCAAACCAGACGAGCUCGAGUCGCUCGACCGCGAGAUCGUCACGCUCGAGAUCGAGCGCGAGUCGCUCCGGAACGAGUCAGACGUGUUCAGCGUCGAGCGGCGGACCAAAGUCGAGGAGGCGCUCAAGGAGAAGCGCGCCGAGGCCGCGCGCCUCACUGAGGUCUGGCAGGCGGAGCGCGCACGCCUCGAGCGCAUCAAGGAUCUGAAGCGCAGGCUUGAGGACGCCAAGUACGAGCUCGAGGUCGCCCAGCGCCAGGGCCAGUAUGAACGUGCAUCCCAGCUGCGCUUCGCGACGAUUCCGGAGCUGGAGAGACAGCUGCCUCAGGAGACGGAGAAAAGCGAUGCGGAGAAUGUGGGCCCGAUGCCCAUGUUGCACGACAGGGUGACGUCGGACGACGUUGCGAGGGUCGUGGCCAAGAGUACAGGUAUUCCAGUGCAGAACCUGCUCAAGGGCGAAAGAGACAAGCUCGUGCAUAUGGAAGACACCCUUCGCAAACGCGUCGUUGGCCAGGACCACGUCGUCGCAGCUGUCAGCGACGCCGUCAGGAUCUCGCGUGCAGGUCUGCAGGCACCCAACAGGCCUGUGGCUUCCUUCCUCUUCCUCGGUCCUACUGGUGUCGGAAAGACCGAGCUUUGCAAGGCACUUGCCGGCUUCCUCUUCAACGACGAACAGCGUGGCCUGAUCAAUAUUAAUAUGUCGGAGUACCACGACCGCCACACCAUGUCGCGACUGAUUGGUGCAGCCCCGGGCUAUGUUGGCUUUGAAGAGGGUGGUCAGCUUACUGAAGCUGUCCGGCGGAAGCCAUAUGCCGUCAUCUUGCUCGACGAGCUGGAGAAGGCGCACAAGGAUGUGGCGAUGAUCUUGCUGCAAAUCCUCGAUGAGGGUAGUAUCACGGACUCACAAGGUCGGAAGGUUGACUUCAAGAACACCAUCAUUUGCUUGACGAGCAACCUUGGUAGCGACAUCCUCGCGCACAAGUCAGCAUCCGACAACAAUGGCGUAGUCACCCAGGGAGCCCGUGACGAAGUCCUCGCACGCACAUCGGAGUACUUCCCACCGGAGCUGCUCAACCGACUCGACUCGAUGCUUGUAUUCAACAAGCUUUCCAGGGAGUCGAUCCUCCAGGUUGUCUCGCUGCGCCUCAAUGACGUCGCGGAACGCCUCAAGGGCCGCCGUAUCAUUCUCGACGUCGACGACGCUGCACGGGAGUGGCUCACUCAGCAGGGCUAUUCGGAGAUCUAUGGUGCACGAGCAAUCGCGCGGGUUGUCCGGACGAAGGUUCUCUUCCCUCUUGCACAGAAGAUGCUGAACGGCACGAUCAGGGAUGGAGACGUCGUGACCAUCCGGGCGAGCAGCGACGGUUCGACGUUGGUCAUUCAGGACAAUCACGAGCCGGAUGCAACUAUCGGAUCGUCCACACCCAUCGACUUCACCAAAGAAAACACUUCAUCCUCUGACGAUGCAUGAUUUGGAGCACUAAUAGACUUGAACCUAAUGGUGUACUGUAUAAUCUUGUAGUACUACUGCAUGGACAUGUUGUAUUCGUACAGACACAACUAAUCACAA